ACAUUUGACAGAUAUCACGUCCCACCCUCGUACAAUGCAUCGUUUGUUUAUAUAUUGUUAAAGAGUAUAUCUAUCUAACGCUAAAUUACCAGUUUACAUAAAUAACCUUUGUCUAAAAACCCCGUGGUUUUAUUCCUGCCCAAAAUGGGCCAGGGCAAGAGCCAAUUCACUGAGGAGGAGCUUCAAGAUUACGAGGACCUUACGUACUUCACGAAGAAAGAAGUGUUAUAUGCGCACACUCGCUUCAAAGCUCUAGCCCCCGAGAAGGUUGGCCAUAACAAGAACGCCAAGCUUCCAAUGGCCAAGAUCCUCCAGUACCCAGAACUGCGUGUCAACCCAUUCCGGGACCGCAUCUGCAAGGUGUUCAGCUCGAGCAGCGAUGGGGACUGCACUUUCGAGGACUUCUUGGAUAUGAUGUCGGUAUUCAGUGACAAUGCCCCAAAGGCGGUGAAAGCUGAGCAUGCAUUUAGGAUUUUUGAUUUCGACGGUGACGACAUGAUCGGCGUCUCCGACCUCCGCGAAGUGAUCGAGCGUCUCUGCGGCCCAGAACUCCAGCUGACAGACUCAGAGCUUCAGCAGCUGGUGCAGAACGUUCUAGAAGAAGCUGACCUGGAUGAUGACGGCGCGCUGAGCUUUGCCGAGUUUGAACAUAUUAUUGAUAAGAGCUCCGACUUUACUCAGACUUUCAGAAUACGACUGUAACAAGCAAAAAUGAAGAAAAAUGUCUUCCACUCCUGUUCUCAACUAAAAGUAUUUUUACGUCAAACAGUAAAAUAAGUGUAUCUUCGAUUUUGAAGAAACAAUGGUGUUUAUUGUGUAUUUCAAAUAAUGUUUUUAAGCUUUUUAUUAAGGAAAACUUGAAUACCAAACCAACUGUCUACUCUUUUUCAAUCUACAUGACACUUCUGAAUCUCAAAUAAUUAUAUUUAUAUGUUAUGAAAGUAUUUUUUAAGGUAUAUAAAACCUGACCAGAAAUAUGAUCACAUAUGUGAUGUUUUUAACCAACUUCAAAAAAAGGAGGAGGUUCUCAAUUUGACUGAAUGUUUUUUGGAAUAUCAUUAGAACAAUUUUUGUUGGUAUUGUAUAUCUGCAUUUUAUUCACAACAUACAUAAUAGCUCUCUUCUCAUUGAUUAUAUUUCUGAUAAAGUUUUAUUAUUGUAGGAAAUCCAAAUUUUCGUAUAUGCAUGAAAUAGGCUAGUUUCCUAUACUCAAAAUAAAAUAUUUCAUGCAGUGCACGAAAUAAAGCACCACAUAAUUAGAAGAAAUAUAUGGACAGUAGUUAUGUUUAAACAUAAUUUCUAUUUAAUAAGUC